AAGCAUAGUGCCGCUACCUUUUGCCCUCUGACCAGGAUUUAAAGGACCACAUGUGAUCCAGCUCCAGCAGCAUGAGAAGCUUCACCGAGGCUCCACAGCUUUAAACACAGGAGAAGCUCAAACCUGAUCACUUCAAUCAAUCAAUCAAACAAACGAACAAACGAACGAACAUACAGCGGCCAUGCUUCCAGCGCAGGAAGCAGCCAAGAUAUACCACACCAACUACGUGCGCAACGCGCGCGCCAUGGGCGUGCUGUGGACCGUGUUCACCAUCACGUUCGCCGUCAUCACGGUGGUGGUCUUCAUCCAGCCUUACUGGAUCGGGGACAGCGUGAACACGCCUCAGGCCGGAUACUUCGGCCUUUUCCACUACUGCAUCGGGAACGCGCUCACCUCAGAGCUUACGUGCAAAGGGAGCGCGCUCGACUUCGGCUCCAUCCCGUCCGGCGCCUUCAAGACGGCCAUGUUCUUCGUGGGCAUCUCCAUGCUGCUGGUGGUGGGGAGCAUCGUCUGCUUCAGCCUCUUCUUCUUCUGCAACGCGGGGAGUGUGUACAAGAUCUGCGCGUGGAUGCAGCUGGCCUCCAGUACGUGCAUGGUGAUUGGCUGUAUGAUCUAUCCUGACGGCUGGGAUUCAGAUGAGGUGAAGCGAAUGUGUGGCCAGCGAACCGACAAAUACACUCUGGGCAACUGCACCGUGCGCUGGGCCUACAUCCUGGCCAUCAUCAGCAUCAUGGACUCACUCGUCCUCUCCUUCCUGGCCUUCAGCCUGGGCAGCAGACAGGACAAGCUGCUGCCCGAGGACUUCCAGGUGGAGGGCAAAGAUAACGCAUAGACGCCACCUGGUGGACGACAGUGACCAGAGAUGGACAGGAAGUGGAAAAGGGGAGCAAUGUUGACUCAAGGGGCUCAAAGUCCAGAGACAUUUACACACAAGGUACAACUGACAUGACUGAGCAUCAGAAUGACGUGGCUUGAUUUGAUUUUCACAAAUACCUUUAUCUAGUUUUUAUACAGAAUGGAUCUGAAAAAGAAAGUAUCCAGUGAGCAGCAGUUUUUCUGGGUAGAAAAUGCCUAGUUGAUGUCAGAGGAGAAUGAUCAGUGGUUCUAGACGAAAUGACCACUUGUUAUAACAAAGAUAUCAAAAAGACCAUCUCUGAACACAACCAUGAAACAGAAGGACUCCAGCAGCAACAGCAGCAGAAGCCCACACCUGCUGCCACUUUAAGUGUCCUGUGUACCUAAUAAAGUGG